ACGGCCGCUGGCAGGGCUCAGAGGGCGCCAUGGCCGGUGGCCUGAGGGUCCUCCUGUCCACUGUGCUGUGUCUCAGCCAGUCCCUGCUCAUCAGCUGCUCAUUUCAGCGUCCCUCCUUCCUCUCUGAGCCCAGCUCGGUGGUUCAGAGUCCCGGCUCCGUGGUCCGUCUGGUGUGCUCUGUAAGUCCUCCGUCUGCGGUCGUCUCCUGGCGCUUCCGAGGCCUCCUCCUGGACCGGGACACCCUGCCUGGCGUGGAGCUCGAUCGGGACUCCCUCACGAUCUCCAACCUCACGUCCAGCCACGCCGGGGUCUAUCAGUGUGUGGCACGCUUCAGCCACGGGCCGGCCGUCGCCAGCCGCCUCGCCCGUGUGGCUCUAGCAGAAAUAUCAGGAUAUGAAGAUGUCCGGCGGCGGACGUUAUCGGUGCAGGAAGGCAGCGCGGUCCUUAUAGAGUGUCCUCUGCCGCACAGCGUCCCUGCAGCUCAGCCUCGACUCCGAGUGCGAGGAGACUGGAUCAAAGAGUCCACAGAGAACUAUUUAGUGCUUCCAUCUGGAAACCUUCAGAUUAUCUCGGCCUCAGCGCAUCACCAAGGCAUGUAUAAAUGUGGUGCAAUCAACCCCGUUACCGGAGACGUCGUUGUGCAGUCUCACGGCACCAAGCUGUCAGUCAAACACUCGGACCCGUCCUCCUCGGUUCGGAUACUUUAUCCCGUCACUUCAACGGCCGUUUCGGCGCAGCUUUCGCAGCCCCUGACGUUGGAGUGCGUCGUCUCUGGGAGUCCCACGCCAGCAGCCAAGUGGUUCAGGAACGGUAAGGAGGUCAAACUCGGAUCUUCUCACCAGCGACUGCACAACAACCUGGUGUUGGUUCGACUGACGAGGAGCGACGAAGGCACGUACUGCUGCACAGUUGAGACCGAGCGGGGGACUGUGACCAGCCCGGGCUACACCGUGACUGUUCUCGAACCUCUUUCCAUCACCGAGGGUCUGAGCGACCAACUCGUCUCUUUAGGCUCUUCGGCUCAUUUACACUGCACGGCAAGAGGAAGCCCCUCCCCCAACAUCACCUGGUUGUUCAACGCUGACCCGAUCGCUCCGUCGCGCCGCUUCCAAAUCUCUGGCUCAUCGCUUGUUGUUACAAACGUAACGCCGCAGGAUGAAGGAGUUUAUCAGUGUCAGCUGGACAACGGGAUCGGCUCGGCUCAGUCACGCGGGGCGCUCAGAACGCAGUCAGAUUCCUUUUUGAGCUCAACUGUCGGCGCCCUGCCGGAGGCUCUACCGUCGCUCCACCCCAUUCAAAGCGACGAGAGCUUCAUGACCGAUGACGACGGCGAUGCGUUCAACCCGUCAGCCGACAGGAGCAGCGAUCAUCCCGUCCCAGAGGCGCCGAUCAUCAUCAGUCCGCCACAGACCCACAAACCCGACACGUACGACCUGGAGUGGAGGGCGGGCCGGGACGGCGGCAGCCCCAUCAGCGCCUAUUUCGUCAAAUACCGGAAGGUCGACGAGAUGGGAGCAGUGGUGGGAAAGUGGCAGACGGUCCGAGUGCCCGGCAGCGAGAAAAGCCUGCACCUGUCAGAGCUGGAGCCCUCCAGUCUGUAUGAGGUGCUGAUGGUGGCUCGAAGCUCAGCCGGCGAGGGUCAGCCGGCAAUGCUCACGUUCCGCACCGGAAAGGAGAAGAACACCUCCAGCAACAAGAGUCCCUCCAAACCCUCCAUCAUUCCAAUUCCUCCCAAAGUUGAGGAGAGACCCUCAAGAACGAACUUCGGAGUCGUCCAGCACGACAGAGGUUCUCCCCCAGUACCCGAAGCUCCGGACCGCCCCACCAUUUCCAUGGCGACGGAGAGUUCGGUGUACGUCGGGUGGAUCCCGCGCGCCAACGGCGGGUCUCCGAUCGCAGCCUUCCGAGUGGAGUACCGGCGCGGCCGCAGUGCAGAGUGGGUCGUGGCCGCUGACAACAUCUCGCCUCUCAAACUGUUGGUGGAAAUUCGAAAUCUGGAGCCCGGGUCGGUGUACAAGUUUCGAGUCAUAGCUGUGAACUCGUACGGCGACAGCCUCCCCAGUACCCCCUCCAAGCCGUACCAGGUGCCACAGGCCAGUCGCAUGGCCGACCGCCCGGUGGUCGGACCUCACAUCUCCUCGACGGACGCCAUCAGCGACACGCAGAUCAUGCUGCGCUGGACUUACAAUCCGUCGAGUAACAACAACACUCCAAUCCAGGGCUUCUACAUUUACUACCGGCCCACGGACAGCGACAACGACAGCGACUACAAAAGAGACGUGGUGGAAGGUGUAAAAAACUGGCACAUGAUCGCGCACCUGCAGCCGGAGACCUCCUACGACAUCAAGAUGCAGUGCUACAAUGGCGGAGGGGAGAGCGAAUACAGCAACGUCAUGAUCUGCGAGACCAGAGCUCGUCAGUCAUCGGGCUCGCCCAGUCAGUACCCCUUCACCCCGCCUGGUCCCCACCCUCCAGAGUCCCCCAGCUCCCCUGGAGGACUGCUGUACCUGAUCGUGGGCUGUGUCCUGGUGGUGAUGGUGCUCAUCCUGCUGUCUUUUAUCGCCAUGUGUCUGUGGAGAAACCGCCAGCAGAACAACAUGCACAAGUACGACCCUCCUGGUUACCUGUACCAGUCAGCAGAGCUGAACGGUCACAUCCUGGAGUACACCACGGCGGCGCCGGGCGGCAGCCGCGUCAACGGAGGCGUCCACGGUGGCUACGGGCACGGCGGCCAGGUGCUACCGCAGGGUUGCCAUCACCUCCACCACAAGCUCCCCAAUGGCUUGGCGCUGCUCAACGGCUCGGGCGGCGUGUUCUCGCCCGGCCACCCACACGGCCACGACGGCGCUUUGCCUCGGAGCGCCCAUGACUGCGAGCACUCACACCCCCACCACCACCUCAACGGUGGAGGAAUGUACACGGCUCUUCCUCAAACAGACAACUCUGACUGUAUGAGCUGUCAGAACAUUUGCAACAACAACAGAUGUUACAACAAGACCAACGGCUCGCUCCCCAACGGCUCGCUGCCCCUGAUGCAUCGCGCGGCGCCCUGCCAGCAGGACGGGCUGGAGAUGGUGCCGCUGGGCCAGGUAUCACCGCGGUGCCGAGGGUCCGAGCCAGAGGUCAACUUGAGGUACCAGCCGGACGAGCACAAGGAAUCCUCGCCAUCACAGAACUCGUGCUGCCUGAUCCAGAACAAUGAAAACUCUACAGAAGAUAGCACCGCUGAGGAGGAGCCGGAGUGCGAGGAGCUGGAGGAGUGCGUGGUGAUGGAGGAGUGCGUGGUGUCCUGGGACAGCCUCGGACUGCCAGACUUGGACUGCGACGAGAAGCCCGGGUGGAUCUCCAGCUGCAGCCUGUCGGGAGAACUGAUCCGGGCCGGCCCGCAGGAAGCCUGAGCCCCCCGCCCCCCCCCGUCCAUCCACUGUGGGGUGGCAGUCUGUAUGAAGUCUGGGUGGAAGGACGAGUCAGAGACACUGCGAGUUACGGUGACAAAGACAAAGGACCGUUGGACGGAGACAAAACGAACGAUGUUGAGGAGUUUUUAAAAAAA